CCCACAAUUCCAAAAACGAUUGCCACCGUACCCUCGCGACUUGUGGGCCCCAGCCGGUGCCCGUCACCCCGAGGACCCCCCUCGAAGCCGCUCCGGAGGUGUCACCCCAAAAACUCGCUAAAACCACCGAAAUAAAAAAAUAAUAAACCGCGUAAUGUGCUGAACCCGUCAAAUCGUUAUCCCCUAACCUCGCCUCAAAAUCGGUCGCGCGGAGUGCAAGUCCUCGGACGAUAGGUUACCUCUCACCGCAAAAAAAAAUCCACUGGGCCCUCCCGAGGACGAGCAACUCCCCCGAGUCGGUGUAUCCCCAGGAAAUUCAGUGAAUAACUUUUAAAAACGCUCAAAAAAGAAAGGAGAGAGAAAAAAAAAAUUCAAUCGCCAUAUGACGAUGGGCUCAGUGGACCCGAGUGUCUCGUAGCAGCUCUCAAGUGUUCAGGGCAUUCUGAAUGGGCAUCAGCGGGAAAAUUCCCCGAUGCUGGCCCAUGGGGACCAAUAAAACGUCACUAAACGACAGGUCUUGAUUCGCUGAUCGAAUCGUGACGGAGUACUGUGUUGUUGGGAGUUUGAUAUUUUGACAUUUACGAGUUUGACAGUGUUGUUCUGGGGGGUAGAAUGGCAUCUAACAUGGGGAUACAGAUUGGCAAUGCCUGGUUCCAGAGGAAGAUCAACCUCAGGCCCCAACAUCGGGGCGUUCAUCUCGUCACCGAGGAAAUUCUCAGACAAGUCCCUGAGCUUCUGCAGUUCUCAGUGGGACUGUGUCAUAUCCAGAUUCUACACACAUCGGCGAGCCUGGCACUGAACGAGAGCUGGGAUCCCGAUGUCAGGGACGACAUGGAGAUGAUGUUGAAUAAAAUCAUUCCAGAAGACAUGCCCUACAGGCACAGCUGCGAAGGCCCUGAUGACAUGCCUGCCCACGUGAAGGCCUGUUUUCUCGGUUCUUCCCUGAGCAUUCCAAUCACCGAUGGUAAAUUAGCACUUGGCACGUGGCAGGGUGUUUGGCUGUGCGAGCACCGGAAUAAUGCAGGUAGUCGUAAAUUGGUUGUAACAUUAACUGGUUGUUUGAGAGACUCAGGACGUAGCCCAUUGAGCCCUGUCAGUCCUAUCGCAUCAACUAGCAGCUAGGACCACUCUCACCCCCAACGGCGUGGCAAACGUCAGCUGCGCAUAUCGACAUCAAGUGAGUCGAGCUAGCAGCGCGCCUACAUUUGGUAGAAUUAUUGUCUUAUGAAUUUCAAUGAUAAAUAACGUCUCGUAAGAGUUUACUUGGUCAUGGGGGCUUAAUUAUCUUCCUGGCGUCUCAAACCUCAUCAAUAAUUAUUUUAUUUCAAGAGUCUAUCCUACCAGAAAACGAGAAAUAUUCAUUUGACAACCAGUCAUCACUUUUUCGAAAAUAUUUCCGACCCUGAGGGAGAUACCAAAAUUUUUGUUCUCACAUUUUUUGGAGCUCUCGAUCGUCUCUACAAAAAAGGUAUUGGCAACAAUUUUGGUAGCUACUCUAGAUUUGGAGAUAUUUCCUUAAAAGUUGAGAAACUGGGCAAUUUAAUUUGACGUGAUUAUGAUCUAGGAGAAUUAUUGAAGAUAAUUAAUGCUUCGCGUGCCAUCCGUAAAAGGAAACAAUCGAGAAGUCAUUGACACUUGCAUUUUGGCAUUAUGCGUCCAAUACACCGAAUUUAAAUUACCAUAGCCUUAUUUGAGGGAUAAUUACAUUUUUUAUGUGGUACACUGGAGAAAAUCAUGAUGAAACUGUUGCUGUGGAAUUAUUCCGGUUAAAUCAACUCCAAUAAUCUUAACCGUUGCAUUUGGAAGGAAAUGUCAGAGAGAGUUUUUAUAGCUCGUGAAAUUCCCCACAAAAAAUUUUUUCUGGCUUUUCUCCGUAAAUCCAGCCAUUACUGAUAUAAUUGAGCAAUAAACAACAGCUGUCCAACGAGGAAAAUAAUUCACUGGAAAAAUUCCCCAAAAAAACUCAAUUAUCAAAAAAAAAAAAAACGUCAGAGGCAUUUUUUGUAGCUCGCAAAAUUCCCCACAAAAAAAAGCCUCUGCCUCAGCCCUAAAUUCCACAGCAGGAAAAACAUCUGUCCCAAAGUCACAAUAAAAUUCAUAAACUCCAUAAAAUUUUUGUACCUCGCGUACUAAAUCGCACAGCAUCCCAAAUCGAAUCACCGCUUCGUUAUAGGCUAGUCGUUUUUCAAAAUAACAAAAUGAUGAAAAAAAAUAAAAAAUGAAAAACAGAAUGCUAUAAAAUUUCCCAAAAAAAUGAUAAAUUACCAAAAAAAAAUAAUAAUAAUGACGUUUCCAUUCGCGUUACGGGGGUGUACAUAGAACUAACAAUAAUAAAUUAUUUAAUGAAUAAAUAAAUAUUGUUUAUUUAUUCGCUGUGCUGAGAGAAUGGUAUAACUGACGUGAGACAGAGCAAUUGAAUGCUUAAUGAAAAAUUUAUCCCGAUGGAAAAACAAUUCGAGGAACUAACGAUUCGACUUGAGAAUUAUGGAAAUAUGUCUUGAUUGAGAGAAUUGAUAUGGAUUUGUUAUUCUCGAGUCCCAUGUAAUUUUCAAUAAACUUUAAGCUUGUCAUGAGCUUUCAAACGUAUCUAAUGUACCAUUUAAGCGAUGCAGUCAGUGUUAGCUAUUUAUCUCCUCUGAAUAGAAUAAAUUAUCGUCCACUAAAAUUUACUGGAAUGGAAAUGGAGUUAAUGGGUAUAUUUAAAUAAAAAUGCUUGAACAUUAAGUACGCUGAGAAAUUCAUGUUAUGGGUAAUAUUAAAUGCGCUCAAGGGUUUGAGAUUGGAUUUAAAAUAGAGACAGAGUCUUUGUCCAAUGGCUAUGAAACAUAUUAGGGGGUGGGGCAGAAUGGAUCAUAUAUUGAUUUAAUCAUUUUAAUUGGAAAGAAAUAAUUAUUUUUUAUCAGUAAAAACGUAAAGGGAGUUAAAAUAAGAGAACGAUAGAGAUUUAAUGCACAAAGGCAAUCGCGUCAUUAACUGAACUAUCAGCCCACUAAUUUAAUGAAUUAACGAUUAAGCAACGAUCAGUAUGAAUUGUUUAUAUUCAUAUCCGGGGGAUGACGAGUGUGAGUGAAAUGGUUUUUCGUUGCUGUGAUCACUGUACGUAUGUAAAUAAUCGUCAUUUCGGGGACAAUGGCGUGACAAUGUGUAAAUUAUGUCAUUGUGCUCCGGUUAUAUUAUUGCCAACGUCUUGUCGACGUUUAUUUCAUUGGGAAAUUUCGUGUCGUUCCUAUUUGCGAGGGAAAUAGUGGGAAACGUUGCUGUGCAACGUCAUGUCGGGACUGUCGUGUCAUCGAGAUCAUUGUGAUGAUCUUCAUGAUUGAGAAUGAUUGAAGAGACGUCGGAUGUGAUUGAGAUCAAAUCAAUAGAACUAUUUUAAUCACCAGUGAAUUACAGGGGGCUAGACCGAGGGAUUUCAGCGAAUAUCGGGUGAAGUAUUCGGUCUAUCGAAAAAUUAUAGAGACAUUUUCUCCGGAGAAAUUAAUUCUCUACAAAAAAUUCUUCUAUCUUUUUUCGAUAUCUCAAACUGCUCUCGAGAUAUUCAUCGUGGUAAUUGAGAGGUUUUCUUUUCGCAAUUUUUUUAUGUUGGAAAAGCCGGCUUUGUUGUUUUAUAAAUUUCUCUUGAACUAGUGAGUUUAUCGGGAUAACGAAGAGGAGAUUUUUUUUGGUCCUUGAAAUUUUCUACAAAAAAUAUUCAAUAAUUUUUUGUCGUCAACUUUCUGGUUCACGAGAUAUACGCGGAAUAAGAUUCACAGAUUAUCGAUUCACUGCAAAAUCGUUUUAACUUCUCUCUAUUUUUUCGUCUUCUUUUCAUUUUAAUUAAUCAAACGGGUGGGGUUUAAUUAGUUGUAACGUAAAGCUUGAUGUAUAUACAGGAUUAAGUGAUUACGAUAAUCAUGUAAUGAGAAUCACAAAUAAGUUAAUGAAGUUUCACGAGUUCUAGUUUAAAUGGAGACAGAGGACAGAUGAUAAUGGAAAUAAUGAAUUAAAAUGUCCCGACUCGAUUUAAAGUUAACAAAUUCUUCAAACUAAAAUCAUCCAUCGAAUGUUUCACUUCAGUACUUUCUUUCUUCUCUAAAACAUUUAUUCAAUUAUCGAUUGCAUCAAUUUUCCAUUCUUGAAUUCAAAGAUCUGUGUUAUCAAUUGCAUAAUUAAAUCAUUAAGACGUUAUAAAAACAAAUGAUAAAUAAUAAAUUCGCAGCAGAUGGUUAAUCACAGGCAGUGAAUCAGAAAAAAAAAACAGAUCAGCUAAUUCUCAACUAAAUCAAUGAAACAAUUCUCUGGAAAUGAUACAGCAAUUUCUGAUUACCAUUUUCCAAAAUUAUAUCUGCAUGAACAAAAAUUAAUAAUCUCUCAUAUUAUUUAGAGAGAAUAAACAUUAAACAAGCCACAACACUGCGUACAAAUGAUGUGAGGUCAUGAUUUUUAUUGAAUAAAAAUGAAAAAUACUAAAUAAGAAGUAAAGAGUAAAACUUUUUGUAUUUUGGCUUCAGUCGUGCCUCCCCCCCCAGAAAAAAGCAUAAAAUAAACCAAAAAAAUGGCAAAAUAUUUGAGGAUUAUAUUUUUUCUGCGAGAAUGGGUGAAGAGAAGUUAAAUGAAAAUAAAAUAACACUCGUUAUGUGAGAAUUGUGUACAUGUGCAACUUCCACCACACGAGUCUUCAAAUCUUUUACAUUUUGAAUUUCCAUGUGUGUCCAAUAAUUAAAACGAUGAAAUUGUGAAUAAUUAAUUUUCACAUUGGCUUAGGCAAUUAGUCAUUGUAAAGAAAUUGAAUAUUUAUCGAUUCAUCAACUGAUUACAGAAUUUUGUGAUUGAUUGCUACGGGAAAUUCAACGAAUUUGAAUUUUUCUUUUGAAAUCGUUGAUUUUCGAUUUCGCAACUUUUAAUCACGAAAUUCGAGGUGUUGAGUGAUUAGUGAAGGUGUUUAAUGUACAUUGGGGCUUGUAAGCGGCUUUGAUGCUUGGAUUUAUACGAAAACAAUUAAAAUGAAUAUUAGGCUCGAGGAAAAAAAUCCUUGAAAGCUGGUGCGCUUAUUACUGAUAGACUAUUUGGGAGGGGAGCGGCGAUUCCGGGAUUAUCUCCUGGAGCAGUAGUUUUAGGAAGAACUUCUAAGGAACUUUUUUGGAGCUGAUUAUAUUUUCUACGUAAAAUAUUAUUUCACUUUUUCUCGUGCAAUCACUCCUUCAAGAGAUAAUUCAGCUCCAACAGAAGGUUAAAAGGACCGAUCUGUUUUUUCGAACUGAAAAUUUCCCCGUUAAUUGUACAAUUAUCUCGUUAAUGGUGGGACUUGCAAAAAAAUGUACUUGACAUUUUUUCUCGCUCAUGAAAUUUUCUAAAAGAACUUUUAAUUAAAUUUUUUUGUAAAUCUAUUAGGUAACGAAAUAAUUAAUGAUUAGCUGGUUGAAUAUUUUUCUGCUGCUCCUUCGCUCCCGAAUUCUCUUGAUAAAUUAUUAGUUGCCCUGAUUUUUCUGUGAAUUUCAUUUCAAUCAAUAUAAUUAUGAUUGUUUCGAUUGAUCGAGGCCGAGAGAGUGAAAAAAUAGCACGAAAACCCGAAACACAAGCAAUGAAAUCCAAAAACGAUUAAAUGAAAUUAGUUGAAAGCCGAAAGCCCAGACUGUUUCCAACGUCCUAGCAAGAAAUAUUAUUUCUUGGAACCAAAUGAGAACAAAAUGAGUAAUUAAAAGUAAUAUCGUGGGUGUUUUCCCUCCCUGAGAUACGAUAUACGAAAAAAAGAAUUAGAAAAUUGAAAAAAAAAAUACAAAACAAACUGCCUUUCACUCAAAACCAUCCAUCGCCUUUGAAUUCUUAAUUUGUAAGUGUGCACAUCAAAUUUUAUAAAAAAAAAAAACAAAUCCUCACCGUCACAAUGUGUAACUAGGCUUAAUUGUUGAUGAGCUGCGGGAAGAAUAAUUUAAUGAGUGAAAGAAACGGAAAAAUCAAUGCGGUCAUCAAUUGCAAUGAGAAGUUUUACUAUUUAAUACUUCAAGCACUAUCUGCAACAAUUUUCAUCAUCCGAAAUGAUUAACUAAUUAAUUAAAAAUAUUAAUUAACCUCAAGCUCUUGAAAAAAGCCAUGAAAAAUGCGAAUCAAUAUUUUGGGAAAGUUUCACCGUUAUGAAUCUCCCACAGGAGUCAUUUUAGGGGAAAAAGUGACAAGAUAUUUUUUUGAGAUAAUUGUCUGUUCUACAAAAAAGGUCCAAUAAGAUUUUGUAAAAGAACCUGCUAUUAUUGACGAUAUUCACAAAAGUUUGAGAAUAAACAGAAUUUCAACAUCGGGAAAAGCAUGCAAAUGAUCUCGGCAAAUAUCUCGAAAAUUAUCGGGAUUAGAAAAAAACAUCAUAAGACCUUUUUUGUAGGUCAACAAAUUUCCGAGAAAAAAGUUCUUCAGCAUUUGCUCGUACAUCCACUCCUUCACAAGAUAAACUACUAGUUAUCAAUAAAAAAAAACUUCUCAUUCCACUUGACGUCAGCCCAGUUUGCUUCUACUAUAAAAUCCUUCGGCAUUUAGAUUUAUCAAACUUUUUGUACAUCGCGUGAAUAAAAAACUUCGAUCCAGUUCCAAAAUAAUGAAAAAAUAAAUAAAACUAGAGAAACGCAAGCAGAUCCACUGGCUGGAAAAAAAAUCCUUGGGGGAAAGGGAAGAAUAAAAACAAAAAAACGUACACUAAAUAUAUCAAGUAUAAUCCAAUGAGUGGAGAUAAAAAAAAUAGUAAAUAUGUAGCAUAUGUAUACUUAGGUAAGAAAACGUGUAAAUAGUAAAAGAAUAAUAAUUAAAAAUGCGAUGAAAAAUAACAAAAUAUGGAAACGAAUCUAAACACUAACUAACGUAUGAAUUAAACCAAAAAUGUUCAGAA